AUGGUCGAAGGAUGGUGUUUUCCAAAUCUUAAUGAUGACCACAAAAGCAUCCUGAUGGGACGCUACAUUAAUCCUAUCGGCAACCUGCCGAUGAACUACUCAACUAAACAUGGCAAAUCACGUUUCAAUCAAGCUCUUGAAGGAGCGAUUCAUCCUAUCGUCGUCGCCGCAUUUUCACGCUCGUUUGCUGGCAACCACUCUCGUUCUAGACACUGA